AUGAAGACGCCGAAGACGGUGUCGAAAAUGGCUUGUUUUGUAGCCUACGGCUUCAAAAGCGACAGGCCAUGGCGAUCUGCUUACUCCACCCCUGUGUACGUUCCAGUUUUUAUCUCCGUAACGCCUUUAUAUCGAUGGAUGUCGCAACCGAAAUGUCGAAGCAGACAAUGGACGGACAGUUAUACUGUCAAAGCCACGUCCCUUCGUCCUCAGGAUCAGAGGGUUCUCCUGCAAAAUCCAAGAGGUACUUGGCCUCCGGGUGUUUCAUUUCCCAAGCGUUCGGUUCUCGACAUCUGGUCAUUGGACCCCGCCCUGGGGCCUGGUUUCCAACCGCAAUAA